GUUAGGGGUAGGGCAUUGUAAAGAAACGGAGCUAGUAGUCCAGCCACUUGAUUCAGAGGGAGAGAUAGAGAGGAGAUCCAUUUUGGGCGAGCACACGUGAGAAAGCUUUGUUUUCUGAGCUCGAGGCUACUAAAAGCGACAGAAUGAUCAUCAUCAUUGAAGAUCUGGAUGCCUUUAACAAAGCUCUUGCUGAGGCAGGUGAUAAACUGGUAGUGGUUGACUUUACAGCUACGUGGUGUGGGCCUUGUCAGAGCAUCGCUCCAUUUUUCAAAGGUCUUUCUGAAAAUGCUGCCAACUCUAAUGUGGUCUUCCUCAAAGUAGAUGUGGAUGAUGCUCAGGAUGUGGCCCAGUUUUGUGAGAUUAAAUGUAUGCCAACAUUCCACUUCUACAAGAAUGGGAAAAAGGUGGAUGAAUUUUCUGGGUCCAACCAAGCUAAACUGGAAGAGAUGGUGAACAACAUCAAAUGAUCAGCCCUAAUGAGACAACCUCAUAAGUUUCCUGUGUAGCCCAAGCUCCAAGUUUACUAAGAGUAACACCCUGAAUUUUAUUUUCUAAUGAAAGAUUUUCUUAGAAUGAUUUUAGCUUGAAAGAAAUCUGCCUUACCCAUUUCUCACCAUUUCCAUAAUUAACAAUUACCUCUGUCUGUAGGCUCCUUAACACACUCAACUUAGUAAAGGUCAAUAAAUGAACACAAUAAAAAAAAAAUAUCCUAAUACAUUUGUUAUUGUGUCUUUUAAAAUGUCCCACUCUACACCAUUUCAAAACCAAGUCUUCUGAAACUUGCCUUUCAUGGAGAAAAUGUUUUGUGGUUUCAAAUGAAAAAGAGAAUUGUAUUAUGGAAUUAAAUACGAUUUGUCAGAUUUCUUAAACCCAUUUGUAACAGCAUAAGGAUGGGCAAGAAGGGGGCGAGAAACAGCUGAAUUGUCAACAUAAAGGUUUAAUGAUAAAAAUGCUUAAAUUAUGUUUAAAACAACAUAAACACAGACACACCUGCAGCGCGGCCAUGUAAGUUUCUCUCGAACUGGUGUCUCCGGCUCCCCUUUAUCUCACUGUCCCACUGAUCGGCUGAUUCAGCACUGGCCUAGCACCAUCACGGCCUGCCCACGCCCUCCUUUCGUUAUACAAUUCUUCCUAAUUUAACAUAUAAUUUAGCCAUACAAUAUUAUAUACAUUCAGUCUUGCAAAUCCAAGAAGGUUAUUUGUCACAUUUUUAGUUUCAAUUAAUUGUGUUCCUGUUUCAACAAUUAUUCCUGAUGCUAGCAGGCCUAUUAUUCGGCAGUGCUACACCCAUCCUGAUGCACAAAUCAAUUUGUGUCUUGAUAUUCAUAUUUGGUGCAAUAUAUUGAAUUGGACUAAACGUGUUGCAGUGAUUUUAUAUUGCAACACUUGAAUUCAGUAAUUCAAAGUCAACAUAAAAUCCAUAUUUACCUCUUUCACUUUCAUUUCUUUUUCAUGAAAUGUUUCAGAUUAAAUACUUUCAAGACCAGUGCACAUGCAUGUUCAUCGUGUCAGCAUAAAAGCAACAACGAGAUUGAUGGCACAUAUGGCAUAUACUGUGCAAAUGGUUUAAAAUGCAAAUAAAAUCUAAAAGAAUCAUUGUGUACCCCUAGAAGUAUGUACUUCCUUUCAAGUUUUUUUAGCUAUGAAAAAAAUUAAAAAUAAGAUAAUAAAUGGCAUUAUCAGAAAGAAGUUUGGCUCAUGCUAACAGUUUUUCACUUUCCACUCCUCACCUCCACGUAGACAACAGACGCCAUUUACUUUUUGUUUAGCAACAUAUGACUGCAUCAACAUACUGUACUUUCUCUGAUUUCAUUUGGCCAGUGUCUAGUUUUGUCUCAUUAAAUGUG